AUUUUGGAGGGGGCAAAGGAGGUGACCGGAAGUGGGAGCGUAGGGUUGCUAGGUGCAUCCGAUCACAUAAGAACUGACUUGACUUGUAAGUCCCAGAGGGGGAUUCUCAGAGGCAGCCUUGGAUCCUGCGCAGGGGGAUGGCUGUCUCUCUCCUAAAGAGAGGAGUCAGGGCAUCUCUAAUGAUUGGCAGGUUUGACCCCAGGGUUGUGUUAUAUCCCAAGCCGGGGCAGAGCCUUGGAAGGCUUAGUCAGGCAACACCAGAGAAGCUGGUGACAUCAAAUGAAGAGGAGGGAAGUAGGUCAGUCCCAACCCCAGCUGGCACAGAGUCAGAUGCUGAAAAUCAAAGGUCCGAGCUGUCUGAAGAAACGGUAGAUGUUGUGUUUGUGGACAGAUCUGGGCAGCGUGUCCCUGUGAAAGGGAAAGUAGGUGAGAGCGUGCUGUGCCUUGCCCAUAAGUGCAACAUUGACCUGGAAGGCGCCUGUGAAUCCUCCCUGGCCUGCUCCACGUGCCACGUUUACGUGAAUACUGAGUUUUUCGAUAAACUUCCAGAGCCCGAUGAAAGGGAGGAUGAUAUGCUGGACAUGGCACCGUUGCUUCAGGAGAACUCCCGGCUCGGCUGCCAGAUCAUUCUCACCGAAGAACUGAACGGAGCCGAAUUCACUCUCCCCAAAAUUACCAGAAACUUUUAUGUAGAUGGUCACGUCCCAAAACCCCACUGAGGAGAAUUCGGCUGCGCUGAUUCUGAGGGCCACACCAAAGACUGGCUGGGAAGAACCACGAGACAAUCCGGGCCACAGAGCUUAAGGGCAUAUGGAAAUACAUUUUUAAGGAAGGGGUGACAGCUGGAGAGAAGUCUAUAUUUAUAUGGGGCUUUCUUUUUAAAGUGCUGCAUCUCUGGCCGAGGGCCCUUUAGCACCCAAAUCAGUAGAACGUUCCACAUGGUAGAACCCAGCCGCUGUCUGCACAACAUAAAGAAGCCAUUGCUGCGGGCCACUGUUACAUGUACAUAGUGUUGGGGUUGAAAGAAGCUGCUUUGUUUCCAUUACUGCUUCUAGUUCCUUAAGAGGUGUAAUUGGAUGUAUUCUGAUACAGAACCUUAUUAUGUGGGCUUCUGGCCAAUAGCCUGCUGGCUUGUUCUCCAUAUCACAAAUCUGUAUCAUUGGACAUAUCCGUUGCUUUGUGAUUUUUGGUAGUUCUGCAGCUUUGGUUUCAUUGCUUUUCCUAUGGAAAGAGAAGGUGAUUCCACGAUGUGUUGUAAGUCAAGAUAAUGAUUUAGUUGCAAUAAAACAAUUUACAACCAUUA